GCUGCCAUUCUCCUCCAGUCCUCCUCCCCCUCUCCUGCUCUCUCUCCCUCUCUAUGGUCUUCGCGUUCUCACCGCCUCCAUCGCAGCGCACCUGCUAGCUCAUGGCCUUCGCGCCCGCCACCAGCACAGCCACCUCGAUCGCAGCAGCAAUGGCGCUCAGGCCGCAAUACGCCACGCUCUCCGGCGCGAGGAGCCAGACGAUGAGCCGCGCCGCGCGGUGCAGAGCGGCCGCGGCCUUGACGGCGGAGGGCUGCGCCUCGACGUCGGCGAUCGCGGCCGAGCCGGUGGCGACGGCGAGACGCGGCGCGCGGAGGACGUCGUCCGUCGCGGGCAUGUGGCGGCAGCUGCAGGGGUGCGACGACUGGGAGGGGCUGCUCGGCCUCGACGGCCCGGCGCCGGUGCUGCGGAGCGAGGUGGCGCGGUACGGCGAGCUGGUGGACGCCUGCUACAAGGCAUUCGACCUCGACCGGGCCUCGCGCCGGUACCUCAACUGCAAGUACGGCAAGGAGCGCAUGCUGGAGGAGGUUGGCAUGGCCGGCGCCGGCUACGAGGUGACCAAGUACAUCUACGCGGCGCCCGACGUGAUGACCGUGCCCACCAUGGAGGCCUCCACCAGCGGGCGCGGCCGGUGGAUCGGCUACGUGGCGGUGUCCACUGACGAGAUGACCCGGCGGCUCGGGCGGCGGGACGUGCUCGUCUCGUUCCGCGGCACCGUCACCCCCGCCGAGUGGAUGGCCAACUUCAUGAGCUCCCUCGAGCCGGCGCGGCUCGACCCCUGCGACCCGCGCCCGGACGUCAUGGUCGAGUCCGGCUUCCUGAGCCUCUACACCUCCGCCGACAAGACGUGCCGCUUCGGCGGCGCCGGCAGCUGCCGGGAGCAGCUCUUGCGCGAGGUCUCCCGCCUCGUGGACGCGCACUCCGCCAAGAAGGGCGAGGAUGUGAGCGUGACCCUCGCCGGCCACAGCAUGGGCAGCGCCCUCGCGCUGCUCCUGGCCUACGACCUGGCGGAGCUGGGCCUGAACCGCGCCGCGCCCGUGACCGUCUUCUCCUUCGGCGGGCCUCGGGUGGGCAACGCGGCCUUCAAGGCGCGGUGCGACGAGCUGGGCGUGAAGGCGCUCCGCGUGGCCAACGUCCACGACCCGAUCACCAAGCUCCCCGGCAUCCUCCUGAACGAGGCCACCACGGGGGUGCUCCGGCCGUGGCGCGCGUCCUGCUACACGCACGUCGGCGUGGAGCUCCCGCUCGACUACUUCAGCGCCCGCGACCCUGCCGCCGUGCACGACCUGGGCACCUACAUCGCAUUGCUCAAGAAGCCGGCGGCGGCCGCCAAGGCAGCAGGCGACGGCGGCGGCGUGGUCGGCAAGGUGAUCGACUUCGUGGGGCGGCAGCGCGCCGGCGCAUUGCAGUGGCAGUACGCGGCUCUGCAGAUGGGCGGCCUCGUCCAGACCCUGGGGCUGAUCUGACGGCCUGACCCCGCGCAAGACCACUGUGAUUACUACUCCCUCCGUUCGGAAUUACUUGUCUUGGAUAUGGAUGUAUCUAAAACUAAAAUACAUCUAGAUACAUCCAUUUCUGCGACAAGUAAUUCUGAACGGAGGGAGUACUAGUUAGUAGGAAUUCAUUUGAAAAAAGAACUACCAGUAGGAAUUAACCUCUGAUUUAACUGGCCGGUCACUGAUCCUCGUCGAAUCUAUUUCUAGUUCGAGAGCUUCAAGGUCACCCAUCAUUCUUUCUUCCUGUACAUACAUGCAUGCAUUCAAGAGAGAUCGCAAAACAUGCACA